CGUUUACUCAAAUUAAGCUUUUUGCAAGGUUUCGGUAGAGAUAUCGUUUUUUAAGUUUGCGAGUGCUAAAAUGAUUGCGUUUUUGUAAUUGCUGAUUUGUAACCAUCAAAAUUAUGGCUAAUUCUGUCGACGUUACUUCGGGUUCAAGUGUAUCUGAUACAAAUGUGUCAGAGCCUCAAGAUGAAGUUAGAAUCGUUUUCCCUUCUUCUGGCUAUGCUGCUGCUUCAAGGAUUCCUCAUGGAAUUGUAAUAUCUGGAGAAGCUUCUGAAUCGGAUGAAGAAAUCGACACUCAUCAUGCUUUACCACAAUCAGCCAGUGACUUUUCCAUCAGCGAUUGGGGAAAGAGUUCAGCCGAAUUACCCGGCAAAGAUGCAACAAGAGAAGGUUCUUCUGUGCAGUAUAAUACGUUGCUUCAUAAGAAACUUAGAGAGAAAAACCAGGGUUUACGAAAAAAUAUUGUAGAAUUAGUAACUCAACCAUAUGAAUCUGCUAGCAAAGAAAUCCAUACUAUCUCUCAACAACUCAUCAAGUCUCAACUUCUGGUUCAAGAGCUAAGAAAUACAAUACAAAGGCUUACAAAUGAUUUAUUUGAUAUGGAAGAUAAAAUGGAAGCCUUAAGAACUGGAGCAUUUUUACCGGAAAUGCUAAAUACCCCUACAUCUGAAUGAUUUGACUUCAUUGUGUAUGUGUAUAUUUGUGUCUGUACAUAUCAAAAUACAAUGUUACUUGACAGUAAAAGUUAAUUAUUUAAUUCAUGUAUAUAAUAUGAAUGUGUACAGAAAUACCUCACUUAAUACUGUCAACUCAUCCCCCUACCUUUUCAGUUGAACAGAAUUGUUUUGGCUAUGCUUAGGUUCCAAAGAGUCAUAACAUUCAUUUGGGUGCUGCUAAUACUUCUUCAAAACAACUUUUCUGUGAAUGAGUAUUUAUGUUUUAUAAUAAUGAAUACACAAAAUUAUCUCUUUUUAUUAUUACACUGUUUUGAAGUCAGUAAAUAGUAUUAAAAUUCAGAAAAGUAUAGGAUUUUUAUUCUUUUUUGUUAGAUUGAAUCACUUAAUAGAAAACGACUUCAAUGUGUCUAGUUAAUUACAUAACAGUUAAUAAAUAAAUCACAUAUGGUAUUAAAAAUGAGUCACUACAUUGUUAAUUCAAAUUAAAGUUACCAAAAGUUUUUUAUUUUUGGAAGAAAUACUAUGUACCAAGCAUUUUUUUACUUUCUUCGAUAUCGAAUAUAUAGAAGAAAGUUUUGGUUUCGUGCAAAUUUUCGAAUUUUAACAGAUUUGUACAUUUUGAGGUUUGCUGAGUCCAUUUCGACCAUUUUUGGCAAAUGUCUAUCUGUAUGUGUGUGACCGUUUUUUUUUAUAGCCUCUCUACAGCAAAAACUACCACAUGAAAUCAAACAAAAGUUGGUACACAUACGUGCCCCUAUGUGAAUUUGUGCCGAGUAGUUUUUGGCGCGAAUUCUUCCAAGGAGGGUAGAGCAGUGGAACGUUUCUUGAGUUAGGCGUGCCUGCUAUUCCCCAGGAAGUAACUGGUAGAAUAAAACAAAAUUUGGUCCAUAUGUUGUCCUUAACAGAUACAGGUGCUGAUUCAAUUUCAGUGUCAAUAGCUCAAACGAGGGUUGAGCUAUCGAACGUUUAUUGUCGACACUUGUGACUGCUAUUUUUCAAGAAAUAAUAAACAGAAUCAAAUAAAAAUUUAUCGACAAUUAGCCCUUAGAGAGCACAAGACUGAUUCUAUUUUGGCGUCAAUAGCUGAAAAGGGGGUGGUACAAUCAAACCUUCUUUGUUUUUAAUUACGAGUGCUAUAUCUCAAGAAAGAAUGCUAGGUUCUGGAUUAAGUUUGGAAUACAUGUGAACCUAUAUGUAAACGGGCGAUGAUUCAAUUUUGGCGCCAAUCGCUUCGAAGGGGGCUUAAUUUUUUUUUGUGCAUAUAAGAAUAGCUUUAUUAAUGUAAGAAGAAGAAAGACAAAUCGUAAUAGACUGUCGUCUGUAUAUUUCGCAUGAUUUUAAUUGUGGGAAAUGAUCAGAAAUAAUAUCUCAGUGAUUUAAAAAUUUUAACUGUUACCUUCUUAUGUUUGUUAACAGAUAAAAUAUUUAAUUAAUUCAAACAAGGCUUUUGAAAUAACUUUUAAUUUUUGUUCUUUGCUUUGCUUUUGCGAUAAUUCAGAAAUUUGGGUGGUCGUCAAGUUUUUGCGUGCAUGAUUCUGUUUUUGUUGAGAAUAUUGCUUCCUUGUCAAGCAUAGGGGAGGGAUCAGAAUUCAUAAGAAGGACAUAGAAGAAAGUUUUGUAUUGGCUGCAACAUAUUAGUUUUGUUUGGUUUAACUGUGUUAUGUGGAAAAAUUUGGUUCAGCAGAGUCUCAGUUGCUAAAUGCUACUCUAAAGUAGCACACCAAAUGUCUCCAGUUUUUAGCCUUUUCCCCCUUCUUUCGUUGUGCAUCAUGCACUCAUGCACAUAACAUUUCCAAAUUUUCACCUUGUUAACAAGGUGUUUUAUACAAAAUUUUUAAGUUUCUUUGUUUUAAUGAUAUUCUACUUUCCUUAUAAAUGUACUAAUUUCUGUUUGUUUUGUUCAUUACAGCUAGAAUCAGAUUGUAAAUUCUCAUUCCUUUCUUAGCAGUAAAAUUUUAUUGGAAAUGUUUUGGCGACAAUAUUUUGCACAAAAUCUUUUCGAAGGGAAUGAAUCCGUAGUCAAUACUAGUACUCAAUACUCAAGUUACUUAUCGCUUUAGGGGAGGAUUAUUAUUGGAAUUAGCUUACUUUAAUGAGAUUAGCAGUGUAUAAAGCCAAACUAAGUGAGGUAUUCCUACAUUUAUGUAUAUAUAGUUAUAAGAGGGCUGUUUUGUUUUCAACUUCCGAUCGUGCCGCCAGACGGCAGGGCGAGCGACAUCGGCCAGUAAUGUGCGGCAGUCAACUGCGCACCUCUUCCACUUCAACCUCACUCGUUUUCGGACGUCCGGCGCCAUUACCAGUUUAUCUAGCGACACAUAAACAUGGCCACCAUGAUAGAAUUUCCCGCCAAGUGUGAGAUUCACCGUAGAAUGAAACGAGUAUACGGUGAAAGCUUUAUGAGUGACAGUGCAGUGCGUGAUUGGUGUAGGAAAUUAAAAGAUGGACGAGGUGAUAUUCAUGAUGAAGGGGGCCAAGGAUGAAAGUCGGUCGCAAACGAAGACCUCGUUGAUCGAGUUGACCAAACUGUAAGAAGCAAUCGGAGGUUUACGAUUACGGACCUAUCCUUUCAGUUUCCUGAGAUUUCAAGGUCAGCCCUAUACACUAUCGUAACUAACAAGUUAGGCUACAAAAACGCCUUGAAAACCCAUCUCAAAUUGCUGGCGGCAAACUUCUAUGAAGAAGGUAUUAAGAAACUUGUACCCAGGUAUGAAAAAUGCCUCAAUUUAAAUGGCGAUUAUGCUGAAAAGUAACUAAUAAUGUACCUAACUUUUGAUAAUAAAUUUAUUUAAUUACUCUCACUAGUUUUAUUUUUACACCACAUCGGAAAUUGAUGAAAAAACAGCCCUCGUAUAUACAAGGAUUGUCUGGAAGGUAAUGUCAGCCAGCCAAUUGGUAGAUAUUUAUAUUGAUACGAACUUUACAUGACAUUUGAAAGGUACAAAAUAGACUCCUUCUGCAACCUCUUCUAUGGAGAUUUUACGAUAAAUGGCCAUCGUUGGCCUUUUCCAUAAUCGCUUUCAGAACUUGAGGACAAGGCAAAACUUUGCCAACUGUCUCAAAAUAUCCUUUCAUGUAAGUUUUAAAACACUGGAAUAAAAAGAAAUUGAGGGGAGCCACAUCAGGGUUGCAGGGCAUCUGGGGCAUUACCCACACUUUUUUCAAUCAGCCAAGAGGCUGGUCACCAGCUUUGUGCUCUUUUUGCAUUUGCACAUUUUAGAUCACCAUCUCUUAAACAGUACUUUUUAGAAUGUUUAAUGUCUGUGCCAUUUAAUGAACUCCCUAAACGAUUCUUAGUUUAAAAGUUCAGUCACAUUCACCACAUUUUUUUCUGUGGUGGUUGUUCAUGGCCUUAAAGAGCAACCUCCAUAGCUGAUCCUUUUGCAGCCUUAUGCUGAUGGCAGACUUGGCGUUCCAUUAACCACUCAUCAUCAUAAACUCUCUUUAUCAUGGGACCACUAUGGGCUUGCCGAGUUUUGCACAAAAUAUGAUGUCAAUAUUUUGCCCAAUUGAGCUUGGUUUGCCCAGGAGACAAGGACAAGGCUCGUGAAAAUGCCUCUCUUUUCACUCCAAACAUUCCAGUCAUUUCAAAUGUUUCCGGGAAGGGGGUCAUAAAGCAUAUGUUUAAUGUGGGUUGUACAGAAUAACAGCAAAAUCAAUGCCUAUAUUUAUAUAACCAUAUUAAUUUCUCGGAACAAGGGGAGGGUACUAUCCCCCCCCCCCCCUCCCAAUGACGGGACUGUCUCCAGAUGGUCGAGAUGACUAAACAAAGGUGCAUUUCAUAAACUGACUCCUUUAUGGAUCCUUGCUUCUCCAAGCGUACUUUGGUUCGUAUUCACUUCACAGUAAAAAUUAAUGACAUUACUUUCCUGACAAACCCUGUAUUUGUAUGUAAUGAAUAUACAUAUUUUGUGUAUAGAAUCUCUAUUGCACAUUUCAGUUACGCUUGUUUUGAGCAACUAAUGCAAUUUUUGCUUCAAAUUGCAGUUAUUGUAAUUUAAAACUACUUUGAAAGUGUAAAUAUGUUGUCACAAUUUCAAUGAAAUAAAUGUUAAUUCAUACUUAAUAGUUAUUGUGUUUUAGUUUGCAUUAAACUUAGUGCAGAAAUAUGCUGUCACAACUCCUUACCCUUUUGCACAUCAUUUUAGAUGUUUGGUACAAAUAAUUUAUAUUUAACAUGUUUAUUUAGCUGUUUGUAAAUUUUAUUGUAAUAAUUUCAAUAAAGGAUCUUUGUAAACUUGUUCAACUAAAUAA